AAUGUCUAAAAGCAAUCAAGCUGAAAUAUUCUAUAACGAAUAAGUUUCACCCAAAGAGUCAAAAAGGAUGAAAUGGUUCGUUUUAUUUGCUUAUAGUUUCUUAGCGUAAACUUUUGAUUUUCUUCAUAGAUUUGCCAAUGUGCUUGGUUUUGUAAGUUAUUCACCUGUUUGGUUAAAUGCAGCUAUAUACUAUGAUGUAGAAGCUAACGAUUUAUAUUGGAUAGGAAACUUAUAUUAUAUAACAUUUUUUGUAUUUGGACCUCCUUUUAUUCCUCUAUUAGAGAAAAGACUUGAUUUAUGUUUAUAAGUAGCCUCGAUAUUAACAGCAGCAGGAGCUUGGAUAGUAUGGAUAGGGAAACAAAGCUUUUUUAUGUGUUUAGUUGGAUAUUUCUUUGUUGGAGUAAGCGAGGCUUUAUUUUUAGCAGUACCUGUUUGUAAUUAUUCAAUCUUAAAGUUGUUGUAGAUUUAUCAGAGGUUUGGUUUACUGCUUAUGAUCGUACUUUGGCUACAUGUCUUGGAAGUUAUGCUACACUAGCAGGAAUCAUGGCUUCUUAUACAUAUUCGUCAUUUUAAUUUUGGGAUCUAAUUGAUCAAGAAAUUAUUAAUAUCAAAAUUGAAGAAAUGAACUUUAUUAUUGCAAUUUUAAACACAAUUUGUGUACCAUUAUGUUUUCUUUUUAUUAGAAACACUAAUUAAAGAACCAGAAAUGGUGAAGUAUAAAUAUAAAUUUAAUUAUAGGAAAAUGUUAAAUUUUUUUAAUAAUUCUUUGACAUUUUUAGAAUAGAAGAAUUCUCAUUGGAUCUUUUAGCUUUUGCAAUGUUUAUAGGAAUUUCUUGGGUUUAUAUAUCUGUUAUCUCUCUUUAAUUAUAUCCUUUUGGUUAUACUUAAUUAGAAAUAGGAAUUACUGGUAUCUUUUUUACAGGAUCUGGGAUAAUUGCUGGAAUAUGGAUUUCAUUUAAAUUAGAUUAAUAAGCAAGAUAAGGAAAAUAACCAGAUUAUGAUACUAUUAUAAGAUACACUACUUUAAUGGGUUUUUUGGCUUUAUUAAUAUAAGCUUUUCUUAUUUAAUAUUUACCUUUUUGGCUUUUGAUUAUAUUAAAUAUCUUUAAUGGAAUAGGAUUAAAUGUUAUUUAUCCAAUAGCCAUUGAAGCAUUUGUUGAGAAAUUAUAUCCACUUAAGUCUUUGAUUGUAAGCACUUGGAUUUUGGGAAUAGCUAAUGUAAAAUACACUAAUAGACUUAGGUCUUGGGCUUUGCUUUAAAUUACAUAUUAGUAUUGCCAACAAUCUUAGAAUAUGGAAUUUGGUUAUCUUUAUUAAUACUUACUCCAUUUUAACUAUACUUUAUAUUAUUUUAUAAAUCUAAGUUUAGACGAUUCGAAUUAUCAAAUUGA